AUUAUAUAAGCGUUUCAUCAAUGCAAUUACAUUCUCGAUGCGACUUCGCCAGCAGCAGCAGAACAGCGAUUGUGGAUUGUGCAAGGAGACGUGAGUUUUCUUCAUCCCAUUUACACUACGAACGAAAAUGGCAACCCAAUUGAGCAAAAAGCGAAAGUUUGUAGCUGAUGGCGUGUUCUUUGCUGAACUGAAUGAGGUCCUAACAAGGGAACUUGCAGAGGAUGGUUACUCUGGUGUUGAGGUUAGGGUUACCCCUAUGCGCACAGAGAUCAUCAUCAGAGCCACUCGUACUCAAAACGUUCUUGGCGAGAAAGGAAGAAGAAUAAGGGAGUUGACCUCACUUGUUCAGAAGCGAUUCAAGUUCCCAGAAAACAGUGUGGAGCUUUAUGCUGAAAGAGUUAACAACAGAGGGCUUUGUGCUAUUGCCCAAGCUGAAUCUUUGCGUUACAAGCUUCUUGGAGGCCUUGCUGUUCGCAGGGCUUGCUAUGGUGUUCUGAGAUUUGUGAUGGAAAAUGGGGCAAAGGGUUGUGAGGUGAUUGUGAGUGGGAAACUUAGGGCUCAGCGUGCAAAAUCAAUGAAGUUCAAAGAUGGAUACAUGGUGUCAUCUGGUCAACCUGUGAAGGAGUACAUCGACUCUGCAGUAAGACAUGUGCUUUUAAGACAGGGUGUUCUUGGUAUCAAAGUGAAGAUCAUGCUUGACUGGGAUCCUACUGGAAAGCUUGGGCCGAAGACACCUUUACCUGAUAAUGUUAUAAUUCACAUGCCUAAGGAUGAUGUUGUUGUCCAUCCACCAAAAGAGGUGGAGGAAUACAGGCCACCACUUGUGAUUGCUGAUGAGCCCAUUCCAAUGUCUGUUCCUGUUCCUGUUUAAAGCAGCAUGAGAGAUGAUUAGAGAGAGUUGUAUGUUUGAGCAGAUACAGACAGUAUCUGAAACUUUUGCUAAGAUAAUUUUUCUUUCUAGUUUUCAUAUGUUUUGAGGUUGAUGGAAUUCUCAUUUCUAUUCAAAUUUUGUACUGUUCUUCAAAUAUGAUCUUUUUACUUUCUA